AUGGGCAUAUACGCCGCAGCCUGUACCUUUGAAGGGAGAGAUGCCAUCUGGCAGGAGUGCGCCAAAUCGCUUCGAGAAGGGGAAGAGCGCCUAGGUCUCUGUGGCGAUCAGGCCGACGGUCUGUUGACCACAGCUACGCUGAGCCCGAACUCGCCUGAAUGGGUGAGGGCGACAUCGCAACUUGCUUGGGGGAUUUAUAGCUGGCUGACGAUCAAUGUUAUUUACUACAAUCACAAACACGUCCGAUUCCCGCCAGCCUUACCCAUACCAGGACAAGAUGAAAAUUGGCCCGGCCCACCGCCGUAUCUUCUCGGCAAGGCGUUCCCGCAUACUUGUGGACUAUGGAUGAUUGCUCCGGAAGUUCUGGGGGUUUACAGUUUUUCUGACUGGCGUGUCGAUGAACGCGUCCCAUUGGAAUUUGCUGAAGGAGAGCAUAAGAAGUUGCUCGUAUGGGCCAAUACUCUUGGCGCAGACAUGGUCCGACUAGAUGGUUGUUUGCCUGAGGUUAUGGUGUUCCAGUACAUUCUCCCUCGCGAUUUAUAG